GGCUCCGUCUUCGAUAUGCGAGUGGACUUGUUUGAUAGAUUUGAUGCUCUUGCAUUUGGAAAGGACAGAGAUAAAUAGGAGGUUUUGGAGGAGGUUGUCAGGGCGGUCGCCAGGGAUAUAACUCGUAAUGCUCCAAGGGGAUGUAUGGAUAGUGCUCAAAAGCUGUAUGAUGAAAUGCCUGAGAAAGUUGUCAUCUUGUGCAAUCCUAUGAUUGCAAGCUACGCCCAAAGAGGUCAUGGUUUGAGGAAAAUAGACUUGGUUGAAAAUCUUCAUGUUGUAAACGAUCUAAUUGAUAUGCAUUCAAAGAGUGGUGAUUUUGACACAGCCAGGGAUCUGUUUGGGUACAACAUGUGGUUUCAUGGCAAUGUGAUAAUUGGUGGUUAUACUCAAAUAAGCCACUAUGAAGAAGCAUAUGUUGCAAUAUGGGGAUCUUUGCUUGGAGGUUGUUGGGUUCAUAGACAUGCUGCGUUCCCUGAAUCUGUGGAUAAGAAGCUUUUCAAAUUGCAACCUGAAAACCUAGCUCCAUUUAUGCAGGAGCUGGCAGUGGAUGCUCCUCUAGAGAAAGCUCGGUUUGCGCCUGAUACACCUGAGGGCUUUACACAUGGACGAAGAGUGGAAAGAUGUCCUUGCCACAUUGAGAAGUCAGCAAUAGCUUUUGGAUUAAUCAGUGCAAGGCCAGAGAUAACAAUCAGAAUUGUGAAGAAUCUUCGCGUUUGUGGAAAUUGCCAUUCUAGCCAAAAGGCUGAUUUACAAGUUCCUCAAAGGGACAAUGAUUGCAAGAGACAGUAAUUAUCAGUUCCAUCAUUUCAAAGAUAGAUUCUGCUCAUACAAGGAAUGCUGGUGAAAGGUAAGACCUUGUCUUGUGUACGUAUACAUGUAUAGAGCAGGGUUGCAUUAAUCUUUGUGGCUUUUACUUGUACAAAUUGUGUUGAUAAUUAAUGAAUUAGCCUCAAAUGA